CGUGCGGCGAUAGGAGCCGCCAGCAGCCCCCAGCUCUGUUCGCUGCUUCGGGGCCCGUGUGCACGGCGGGCGGGGGCGGGGGUUGCGCUCGCUCCCACGCCUCCGCCGGGAUAAAUAGGAGGCGUCGGGCAGCUCCGCUCCCACCCUCGCCGCGCCUCCGCUCCGCUCCGCUCCGCUGGACCGAGCAGCCACCGCAGCCCCCGGGGAGCGAUGGAUCCCCAGGACUGUCUUUGUGUUGCCGGUCGCUCCUGUACCUGUGCUGAUUCCUGCAAAUGCAAAAAUUGCAAGUGUACCUCUUGCAAAAAGAGUUUUUGCUCCUGUUGCCCAGCUGGAUGCAAUAAUUGUGCCAAGGGUUGUGUCUGCAAAGGUCUAGCAUCCGGGAAAUGUAGCUGCUGUUCCUAAAAUGGCUAUUUUCUGUUCUCCUGUAAAUAUUCUGUAUGAAAGGCAAAACUAAUUUUGUUUGUAGUGUAGCAAUGACUAUUUUGUACCUUUCACAGAAAUGUCGAUUUGAGGUUAAAUGAAAAUAAAGGCCAUGACUGGAGAAAUGUAA